AUGAGGUACCUAAUUAUGAUGAUAAUAUUAGGUGCUAUUGCGGUUUAUAGAUUAGAUGUGAUCCAUUUGAUGAUUUUUACAAUCAUAUUUCUAAUUGCAAAUAGUUUCUAAGUAAAUCAAUUUUUUAUAAAGAAUUUGAAAAGCCUAAUUUUUAUAUUUUUAAGUUACCUUAACUUUAUACAUUGAAAGCAGAAUUUCUGUUUAUCAUUAAUCAAAUAGAUGAAAUUAUCAAUAAAAGUAAGAAUAUAACUAAUUUAUAUUAUUAGAAGAAAUUAAUUAAACUAAUUCACUUAAGAGAAAUAGUAGAUAAUUAAAAUAUAGAAUAAAACUAUAAUUCAAUUAAAUUAUAAUAAGCAAUCCUAUUUGA